UAUCAUCAUGUUAUGACAAAAGUGACUUCAAAAGCCUUUCCUACUGUAAACGUAUCCAUUGGAAACCAGAAAGACACCUUCUCUUAGAUAGCAAAUUUCAAAAAAUGCUAUAUAUUCCCAACGAUCACAAUGCAUGCUAUAUAAUCAGUAAAGCCAGAAAGCUCACUCAUAAACUCAUACUGUUGUUGAAUAUUGUAUUUUGUUUGAAGUUGGAGAAUAAUGGUGAGUGGGGGAGGCCAUACUCCAGCAAUUGGCAUCGACUUGGUUACAAACUCUUGUGUUGCUGUAUGGAAGCACGAUCGAAUACAGAUCAUAACAAAUGAUCAAGGCAAUCGAGCAACACCAUCUUGUGUUGCAUUCAACGAAUCCGAACGUCUAGUUGGUGAUGGUGCCAAGAAUCAAAUUGCAAGGAACCCUGCAAACACCGUAUUCAAUGCAAAAAGGUUGAUCGGAAGGAGGUUUAGUGAAGUCAUGGUGCAGGAAGACAUUAAGUUGUGGCCAUUUAGGGUCAUACAAGGGAAUAUCGACAUGCCAAAAAUCGUGGUCACUCACAAGUGUCAUGAGCAACAGUUUUAUACAGAAGAAAUUUCAUCAAUGGUUCUUGGCAAGAUGAAAGAAGUUGCAGAGGCGUAUAUAGGUGACACCGUUAAAAAUGCUGUCGUAACAGUCCCAGCUUAUUUCAAUGAUUCUCAGCGUCAAGCAACCAAGGAUGCUGCUGCUAUUGCUGGACUAAAUGUGCUGCGUAUAAUCAAUGAGCCAACAGCAGCUGCAAUUGCUUAUGCAGUAGACAAUAAUUUGUCUUUUACUGGAAAGAAGAAUGUUCUUAUAUUUGAUCUCGGUGGUGGCACUUUUGAUGUCUCUCUUCUCACCAUUGAUGGAGUGAGUAAAUUUGAGGUGAAGGCUGUUGCUGGUGACACUCAUUUGGGUGGAGGAUUUUGA